UGGAGAAAAUAAGGGAAAGGAGUGUGAGAAACCGCUGAGAAAAUUGGCAUGAAAUUUGAAACACUAGUGGUGAGCGCGCUUCAUCUUUUUACAUUCCCUCCAUUUUCAUUUCACGAUUUCCUCCCUAUCACAAUCAUAAUGACUAAAAGCCUCCUCUCUUCUUCUUCUGCUUAGGAUUUUACUCUCUUCGCAAAUUCAUUUUCUACAUUCCCCUCUCUCUCGAAUCUCAACAAUGCCUUCCGAAACCCUAGAAAACCAGAAACCUCAAGUGGAAGACCAACAAGACCUAGCUGAAGACAGCCACACAGAGCAAGAAGAUAAUUCGGAGAUGAAGGAGAUUGAUGGCAAAGGCGAAGAAGAGAAGGAGAAAGAGGAAGAGGUAGAAGGCGAUGAAGAAAAUGAGGAGAAGGAGGAACGUGACGAGCUGAAGUCAAAAAAGUCAACGAAAGAAAGCGCUUUCGCUACUCCAGGAAGUGAGAGACCAACUAGGGAGAGGAAAACGGUGGAGAGGUACACUGUUUCUUCGCCCGACAAGUUUCCCAGAUCUUCUUCCAUCAAAGCUCUCUCAAUUGAAAAGGGCAGCGGUACACAGCUCAUGGACAUUCCUAAUGUGGCUUUCACGUUAUCAAAGAGAAAAGCUGAUGACAACUUGCGUGCACUUCAUAGUAUAUUGUUUGGGAAAAAAGCAAAGGCACACCAUCUAAAGAGAAAUAUAGGAUUGUUUUCUGGCUAUGUGUGGACUGAAAAUGAGGAAAAACAGAGGGCAAAGAUAAGGGAGAAGAUUGACAAAUGUGUGAAAGAAAAGUUGGUGGACUUCUGUAAUGUGCUUAAUAUUCCGAUAACUAAGACCAGUAUGAAGAAGGAGGAACUGUCUGCAAAGUUGUUAGAAUUUUUGGAGUCCCCACAUGCUACAACUGAUGUUCUGCUUGCUGAUAAGGAAAAGAAAGGCAAAAAGCGAGCCAGAAAGCAAACCCCAAGCAAAUCCCCUGCUAAGAAGCAAAAGCAAAAUUCACAAGUUGGGAAAAAGCAAAAGCAAUCUUCUGACAUCGAGGACAGUGAUGCAGCUGAACCUUCAGAUGCAAAAGUUGAUUCCCGGGAAGAUGAUGAUUCAAGUCAAAAAAGUGAAGGUGGUAAUAAGGAAAGCAUAUCAGAGAAAGAGGAAGAUAAAGAAAAGGUUCACAAACGUUCUUCAAAAAAGAUUCUGAAGGAGGAUCAAACCACACCUGUAAAGAAGACCACUGGUGUAAAGACUGCCAAGAGCAAUGAAAACACUUCUAAAAAAUCUACUUCAAAAAGGGCUGUUACUGACAGUACUUCUAAGUCCAAGAAACAGAAAUCAGUGAAGGAAAACCUGAACUCGAAAAGGAAGGAUGCAAACAAAAAACAAACUGACAAGUCUUUGAAGGCUUUAUUGAAGGAUCAAGGCAAAGAUAAAAGUAGUGAGAAGGCCAAAGCAGAACCUAGUAAGGAGGAGUUGCAUCGAGUGGCUGUUGAUAUUUUGAAGGAAGUAGAUUUCAAUAAGGCAACUUUAUCUGACAUCCUCAGGCAACUUGGUACUCACUUUGACGUGGAUUUAAUGCCUAGAAAAGCAGAGGUGAAGGAUAUAAUUACAGAUGUAAUUAAUAACAUGUCUGAUGAUGAUAGAGAGGAAGCUGAAAAUGUUGGGGAUGAUGAUGCAGAUGAAGAUGAUGCUUGAUUGUAGAAUUAUAUAUGGGUAAAUAAUCUUAGGCUAUUGCAGAAAUUAGAUGCAUGUGUUUCAUUCCACAACUAUAUUUUCUCACCAUGAUUCUCGCAAUAAUAGGUUUCAAUGAAUAUUUGGUUUGUGUUGUGACCUUUUUCCCUGAUAGGUAUUCUCAACUUCGUUGUAAUUCCAUUUAGAUUUAACUCCUUUCACCGUAUUAUUAGUGCGACCUUAAUUUUAUUUCUUAUACUGAAUAGGUUUAUUCACCUGCCUGUAAACAAUAUUGCCAUUUAGAUUAUCAUUUUUUUUUCAAUAGGUAGAACUAGAUUAUGAAUCUUUAAAAGAUGAGAUUGUUAUGAAUUGCAAUGGCUUUCC